UUGUAGUUCAUAGUAGCCUGCUAAUUAAAUUCGGGGGGAAAUGGAUAACACAUUUUCCUUAAUACUAAGAUUUGCGUGUUAGAAGCCCACGCCUAAUGACCACGGUGCUUCGGUCUGGCUAAUUUUUUUCAGACCAUCUUAUGCUCACAGUAAAAGGGUAAUUGGGUUGUUAUUUGUAACAUAUGAAUAAAUCCCUUAUUUCUAAAGUGCGUGGUGUAGAUGUACCUAAAGGCCACUUAAAACUGCAAAUGGAUAGGCACACAAUACAUAUCUUACAGGCCAUCAUUGUACAAUAGAACAAUCACAUAAAAUGUGGCAAAAAAAAAAAAAAGGAUUGGAGAUGCUGGUGUUGGACUUUGAACUUCUUUGGAGAUAAUGUUAGUGAAUUUAAAGCCACGGUUUGGUGACUUGGUCCUUUACUUUUUAAAACAAAACAAAACAAAAUACAAUAUUAGCAUUUAAAAACUGCUGGAGCUUCACCCACUCUACCACCUCCUACAUAAAAUGGGGGGAAAUAACAGAACUGGUCUUCAGUAAAAAUCCACAUCUGUCACGUCAGUUUAUUGUUAUCUACAGAGGUCUGUAUAGUGUAUAGCUGGCUGCUUGUUUUGGGAGUCUCUGACAUAGUAAAACGGUGGGAACCCCCUAAAGCUUCUGCAUAAAGGACUAAUCUUGAAGACGCAGAGGGUUAAUUUCAAGCCCCCACCACCACCACCCACAUCUCCAAUUUGAAAGCCGCCUCUCUACCGGGAGAGGAAGGCUCUUUUUCGGUCAGAUGGCGUGCUGCAGUCCGCCCCCGUCAUUCUCCAGCCCACACAGACAGCAAAAAGGCAGCCAGCAACCAAUACGGUGCGCCGGAGGAGGAUUUCUGCCAGUGAUUUCAGACGAGGUAAGAUACGCAAAGGGGAUUUACUACGCCAAUCUGCGCCGAGGAAGCUGUCGGCAAUAGUAUUGCUCUGGCAGAUCCGACCCGUGACAUCGGUGGCUGGAGCGACACCCUUGCUAAAUUACGCCGGUUUCCUCUUUACACAUCUGUAAACCUGACCUAAAGAAGGUUCAUGUCUUUCCUUUCUCCUGCCUAAACUUUCCAGUGCUGUGUGCCAUGUCUCUGCCACGCACACUUGGUGAGUUGCAGCUGUAUCGGGUCCUCCAGAGGGCCAACCUGCUGGCCUACUAUGAAACCUUUAUCCAGCAGGGUGGUGACGAUGUCCAGCAGCUCUGCGAGGCAGCGGAGGAGGAGUUCCUGGAGAUCAUGGCACUAGUUGGCAUGGCCACCAAGCCACUGCAUGUGCGUAGGCUGCAAAAGGCCCUCCGAGACUGGGCGGCGAACCCUGCCCUUUUCAGCCAGCCUGUUGCUAAUGUUCCUCUUGGGGGCAUCCCGCUCUUUAAAGUUGAUGGCACUGGCACAAGUGGAUCAGCUGGCGGGCCCAGAAAGUCUGUGAGUAAUGGGCAGCCAGGAUCCCCCUGUGAGAGAGAGGAUCGGAUGUGCCUUACACCAAUGCACAGCGGGAGUCCAAGAAGCCCCUGUUCCCAAGCCUCUCCACAGCCCCCAGACACACACUACAGGGAAAAACUUUCUCCUAUGGAUCCACACUGGCUCAGCCCAGAGCAUGAUGGGAACUGCACUUUGGGUUCUGCACCUGGAACAGAAGAGGAGCCAUCCAGCCCACCUCUACUGUCAACAUGUCCUCCCGGUCCUUCCACGUCUCCGAGCCCCUCUGCAUCUUUCAUCCCGGCAGCUCCGUCUGCCUGGCCCGGAGGACAGCUGGAUGGGGAGACAGCGAGGGCCGUGGUGGAGACUGUGGAGAGGCUCCUCACGACCCUGCCUAGGUCAGAUCCUGCAGAGGUGAAGACUUUGCUGAGGAUGAAUAAGAAGAUGGCAAAGACUGUGGGACACAUCUUCAGAAUGGGGUCCCAGGACGUGAACAAGGAAGAGGAGAUCCGGAAAUACAGUCUUAUUUAUGGGCGCUUUGACUCCAAGAGGAGGGAAGGCAAGCAACUCACACAUCAUGAGCUGAUCAUCAAUGAAGCUGCAGCCCAGUUCUGCAUGCGUGACAAUGCCCUUUUGCUGAGACGGGUGGAGCUCUUUUCUCUGGCUCGGCAGGUGGCGAGAAAAUGUGCCUACACCUCCACGCUAAAGCAUGCAAGGACGAACGCGGACGAGAGCAGCCUUCUGCCCCAGAAGAGAGCGAGGCUCGAGGGAGUCGUGCCCGAGAGUGUGUCAUCACUCCUCGGAGUGGAGGGAUCCGAGAGUUUGACUCAGAGGGCAGAUGACGACAGCUUAUCUGCAGAAAGCCUGGACAGUGUAUCACAUGACAUGGGCUCCCAGUGCAACCAGUCUCCAUCUCCCCGUCCUCACACUGACACCUCCAACCCCGCCAGCUGGAGUCGCCACCUCAUACAGCAAACGCUCAUGGACGAAGGGCUGAGACUGGCUCGCAUGGUGUCACAUGACCGGGCGGGAAAGAUCAGCCUAGGUUCAGACGGAGCUCACGCCACAGGUGACAAUUCAAACCAUGACAUUAAAGUGGAGAGGCAGAGCUCGAUAGCAACAUGCAGGAGCAGUAGCCCUUGUGUCACCAAAGAUGACUCCAACCACCGAGGGAAAUGAAACCUUCAGGAGCUUAUCAGGGACCUCAAACGUGGGCCUGCCACUGAGCUCCAAUCAGAGACUUGUAAACAGGCCACAUUUACUUCACUGACAUCUGAUGGAGAGGAAGACUCUUACUGACUUCAAGCAAGUACAGGAAAUGUGAGAAAUUACCAGCAACUGAUAUUAUAAAUCUACAGUGACUUCUGAAUCCUGAGGUUGUGAAUGAAGUUCAAAAUGUUUUUGAUUUUAUAUUCAGUGAAUACACAGGGAAGAGACUCCUUUUGUUGUUUUAUUUUUUAACACAUGGACAAAAUGUCCCACAGAUUUGAGCUGAUAUAAGAAAAAAAUGCUCAAAAAAGAACUGAAUUACUUUGUUGUGAUCAUUGCUGUGUGUUGGAUGUGCCACCUGCUUGAGACAAAACGGGCUCACCACAGCAGGGGGCACUGCAACUUUGGAAACUAAUCCUCCAGUUCCUCCGCACUGAGCGACUCGUUGUAGUUGUGUUUAGCAGAGGUACUUAAUAACACUUGCAGCAAGUUAGAGCAUAAAAGCAGUAGGAUUAACCCCCCCUGAAGCUCCUCACUCUCAGGAAACAGACGGAUGUUCUGGUGUUAAAGACAGAAUAUUUUUAAGAGAGACUUUGGGGGAACAUGUUUUCAUCCAGAUUGCAUGCAGGCAAACCCAACUAUGAGGACGAGAUGCCUUUUGUCUUUUGCUGCAUCAGCUUACAUCCCAUCAGAUUUAAAAAAACAAACAAAAAAUAAAAACACACCUCGCUCACAACUUUCUGUUGCACACAUGGUUGAAGUGAUGAUGGUGCAACAUUUCGUCCUCUUUCAUUAUGUGAAAGUGUACACGGAGCACUGUUUCUAAGCUGCGUGGCAUGAAACAGGAGCAGUGUAGACUGUGAAAUCAGCUUUCAGGGUUGGUUACAGCGUCUCGCUCGAGGUUCCUUCAGCGGGGGGAAGAAUUCGGCUUUGAGCUCAGCUGCUCCUCUCUGUCAUCUGCGGUUUAAUCUCGUGCACUAAAGGCACCAUUGUAUAGCCUUUGAAAAACCUACAUUCAAAACUAAGUUGUAAGAUUUAAUAUUUUUUUUAUGGAUUGGAUUUUUUCUUGUAGGUGUACUGGAAACACACUAUGGCAGUUUGUCUUUGGGAUGAUAUUUUUUGUAGUCAUAGAUUAGCGAGGUGAACCGUAUGUCAGUUCUUCUGUGAUCUGAGGCACAUACCUCUGAGGGUGGCUAAUCUCACAUUAGGAGAAUAAAAACACAGGCAGGAAUUUACGGGGAGAAAUCUACUGGAGCUUGACUUUUACAACAGCAUCUCGUACAAGCGAAAUCAACCUCUGGGUUCCACACAGGGUGUUAAAAUGUGUAACAGUCUUAUGAUUUUGUGUUCUAAUCUCAGAGUAUGCCCGUGAGGGAGGCCGCUGUGCAUCAUUACACCUGCUCGUCUCUUCAGCAUUAGUAACCUCCUCAGUUCAUUGUUGCAAACAGAUUAUUUAUUUUGU